AUGUACUGGACGGUUAAAGUUGACGGGGGUCCAAGACGUGUGAAUCAUGCUGCCGUAGCCAUUGGUAAUAAGAUCUACUCGUUUGGCGGUUACUGUUCUGGCGAGAUCUACGAUGGUACUCGACCUAUUGACAUUCAUGUGCUUGACACAGAUAAUUUUCGGUGGUCGAAAGUAGACGUAUUGGGCAGUGACAGCAUUGACCAUGGUGCUACGUCAUCGACUUUUCAAGCCGCGCCAUAUCAGCGGUAUGGCCACACGGUAGUGCAGUAUGAUGGUAAAGCUUACUUGUGGGGUGGACGGAACGAUGACUACGGAGCUUGUAACAGAAUGCAUAUGUUUGAUCCAUGUGGUUGUCAAUGGUCGGUGUUGAAGUGUGAAGGUAAACCUCCUCCUGCUCGAGACGGUCAUAGUGCUUGUGUUAAUGAGUGCUCAAUGUAUAUUUUUGGCGGCUACGAAGAAAGUUCUAGAAGGUACAGCUGUGAGACUUAUGUAUUCAAUUUUGAAACAUAUAGAUGGUAUCAGCUUCGCACGACGGGCGAUGUUCCUCAGUGGCGUGACUUCCAUACCACAUGUAUUAUUGACAAUUGUAUGUACGUAUUUGGUGGAAGAAGUGAUCAGAUGUUUGAGUUUCAAACGUCGAGCGAUGUUUACUGUGAUAAACUGAAAAUGUUGGACUUGAGAACAAAUAUUUGGAGCGAAUUGAAAGUCUCUGGCGUUCAGCCUUGCGGUCGAAGAAGCCAUACAGCGUGUACCACAAUGUUUACUAUAAAUGCGCAUGGAAUCCCUCCUUCUGCCAGACGUCGCCACUGCUCCGUUUCUAUUCAUGACCAAGUUUUCUUGUUCGGAGGAACCACGCCAGCUGAUAGCAAAAAGUUAGAGACACCUGUCGGUGGGCUCUCAGAACUGGCUGAUUUACAUGUCUUGGAUUACUGUAAGCUUUUCCUUCAUUCACCGUCUUUGAAAACUUUAUCUUCUAUGGCAGUGUUAAAACAUGGUUUGCAGAGCUCGUAUGGCCAUCUUCUUCCAGCUGAUCUUAGGUUAGGUUUUUUUUUGUUUGAAAAACCUGGAGUUGUUCAAGCGUCUGGUGGCUAGCC